AAAUUCUUUACGUUUCCCGCACAGCAGGAAUGGAGCAUGGAACUUUAUCGUCGCUUGUGUUUCUGACGGACUGUUUACAAAGUUGCAGCACAGGAAGUUUGCUUUGACAGCGAAGAAUAUAAUACGUUGAUUUAAUUUGUUGUAAGCGGUUGUCUUUUCGGUUGUAAAUUCUCACGUUACAAGACUUGAUCCAUACAAAAAUUUUGAAGUUGAUGAUUGCACAGAAAGGAAAAUGUUCGCGGGGCUGCCUGAGCUCGGGAUAUCCAACGGCGAGGACCUCAAAGAAACUCUCACCAAUUGCACAGAGCCUCUGAAAGCCAUUGAUCAGUUUCAGAUGGAAAAUGGCAUUCUGCUGCCGACCCUCCAGUCUGCUCUGCCCUUCCUCGACCUUCAUGGAACGCCUCGACUUGAGUUCCACCAGUCUGUCUUUGACGAGCUUCGAGAAAAACUGAUGGAGCGAGUUGCCAUCAUUGCUGAGGGCAAAGAAGAGGACAGGUAUGGGAAGCUUGAAGAGCUGCUGGAGAAGAGCUUUCCUCUUGUCAAAAUGCCAUCCAUUCAGCCAGUAGUAAUGCAGGUGCUGAAGCAUCUACCUAAGGUACCAGAGAAAAAAUUAAAGUUGGUGAUGGCUGACAAGGAGCUGUACAAGGUGUGUGCUGUGGAGGUGAAAAGGCAGAUCUGGCAGGACAACCAGGCCCUGUUUGGCGAUGAGGUCUCACCUCUCCUAAAGCAGUACAUUGUGGAGAAAGAAGCAGCUCUGUUCAGCAGUGACCUCUCCAUCCUGCACAAUUUCUUCAGCCCUUCUCCUAAAACACGACGUCAAGGCGAGGUGGUUUUAAAGCUGACCCAGAUGAUUGGAAAGAACGUGAAGCUGUACGACAUGGUGUUGCAGUUUUUACGAACACUCUUCCUUCGGACGCGAAAUGUACACUACUGCACGCUGAGAGCAGAGCUGCUGAUGUCUCUUCACGACCUGGACAUCAGUGAGAUCUGCUCUGUUGACCCCUGCCAUAAGUUCACUUGGUGUUUAGAUGCCUGCAUCCGUGAGAAGUUUGUGGAUGGCAAGCGAGCCAGAGAGCUACAAGGUUUCCUGGAUGGAGUGAAGAAGGGGCAAGAGCAAGUCCUUGGGGACCUGUCCAUGAUCCUGUGUGACCCGUUUGCUUGUAACACCCUGGUCCUAAGUAUCAUGAGGAACUUGCAAGAGCUGCUGAGUCAGGAUGCUUUACCCAGGGACAGUCCAGACCUGAUGCUGCUGCUGAGGAUGCUGUCACUGGGUCAAGGGGCCUGGGACAUGAUUGACAGUCAGGUCUUUAAAGAGCCUCGUCUGGACUUGGAGGUGGUGACCCGCUUCCUGCCUGCCAUGAUGUCAGUGGUUGUUGAUGAUCACACCUUUACUGUGGAACAGAAGCUUCCCAGUGAGGAGAAGAGUUCACUGUCAUACCCAACCACCCUGCCAGAUGCCUUCAACAGGUACCUGCAGGAGAACAGAGUGGCUUGUGAAAUGGGUCUCUACUAUGUCCUCCAUAUUGCCAAGCUGAGGAACAAGAAUGCCUUACAGAGGUUACUACCUGCCCUGGUGGAGACCUACAAUGACAUGGCCUUUGGGGACAUCUUCCUGCACCUGCUGACUGGACACCUCACGCUGCUCUCUGAUGAGUUUGGAUCAGAAGAUUUUUGUUCAGUUGUCUUCGAUGGCUUUCUUCUUACUUCUUUCUCCAGUAAAGAAAAUGUCCACAGACACAUCCUCCGCAUGUUGCUGCAUCUGCACCACAAGGUGUUGCCGUCAUACAUGGAAACCUUAAUGAAAACUCUUGAACCUCCAAAACAAAGCAGCGAGCCGGUGAAGGAGCUGUACACCCAGCUGACGGAGAAGCUGGAGGCUCAGAAGAAGAGCCCUCCACCUCUAGAAGAAACUCCAUCCCUGGAUCUGGGCCUGCACCCGGUGACCGUCCCCACCACCGCCUCCACCCCAACCACACCUCUCUGAGACCUGGCCAAAACAGGCAGCAAACCAGAAUUGUUUAUCCGUAGCUGACUGUAAAUACAGCCACCAGCUGGCCUGUGAAUUUUCAGAAAGACUGGACAUUUUACAUUUUUGUUCUAUGAUUUUUCAUAGAGGUUUAUUUUCUUUAAAUGUUUGUCUUCCAACUUUGACAGUGUAGUCCAGCUGCCAGUUGGUAGGGGGUCGUCAUUACUUUUCUAAACUGGCAUUAUUUUCCAGAUAUACUGUAUUUUCAUAUGUAAUUGGGCUAUCAGUAUGUUAAAUUUGAAUUGUGUCAGUAGUGGAACAAACCUGUAAAUAAAUGAUUAUUUAGAAA